CAUCCAAUCCUCAUAUAUUGAUAUGCAGAGUAAAGUUGAUAGUGUUAGAAUUCCGAAGAGAGUCUGGCUAAAGGUUGUGAGUCUGUGUGUGUCCAGCUGGAGGAGGGACAAGCAGAAGGGAAUGUAGAUAAAGUGAGCAAGAGCUGAUGCCGUCAGAGCUUAGGUUGCUGGAGCUGAGAUCAGUUACCUGCCUGCAACUGAAAUUUCAAACUUCUGUUUAGAGAGGACAUUAGUGGACAAUGGUGACUGAUAGUUGGAAAUAUCUGCAGACAUCUUAAGUUUUAUGAUCAAAUGAACAAGCAAUGGAUUGGAAGAUGAAGAACAGGUUUUUCCAUUGCCUGGCAAUCUUUGCCUUCUUACUUCAAAGUACAGCAUCGUUUUCAACGAAUGCCUAUGUGACUGUGACUUACUUCAACAAGACCAGCAACGAUACCAUAACAGAUACAUGUGAGUGUGGUGUCUACGGCUUAGCCUCACGAGUGGCGAACGCUAUGGGAGUGGUGGGCAUCCCUAAGGACGGUAACUAUCAAGCUUGCGACCAGAACACUGAAUUUACUAACACUGAUAAGCCCUGGAUAGCACUGAUAGAAAGAGGUAAUUGCACAUUUUCUGAAAAAAUUCAAACAGCGAGUAAAAGGAAUGCUGAUGCAGUUGUGAUUUUCAAUUCUCCGAAGACCGGCAACCAGACAAUACAGAUGGCAAAUUUUGGUGCAGGAGACAUUGUUGCGAUCAUGAUUGGCAAUCUAAAAGGAACAAAAAUUCUGCAGUCUAUUCAAAGAGGCAUACAAGUAACCAUGGUCAUCGAAGUAGGAAAAAAACAUGGCCCAUGGGUGAAUCAUUAUUCGAUUUUCUUUGUUUCCGUGUCCUUUUUUAUUAUUACGGCAGCAACUGUGGGCUACUUUAUCUUUUAUUCUGCUCGAAGAUUACGGAAUGCAAGAGCUCAAAGCAGGAAGCAGAGACAGUUAAAGGCAGAUGCUAAAAAAGCUAUUGGAAGGCUUCAGCUGCGCACUUUGAAGCAAGGAGACAAGGAAAUUGGCCCUGAUGGAGAUAGCUGUGCUGUGUGUAUUGAGCUCUAUAAACCAAAUGAUUUGGUGCGCAUCCUAACCUGCAAUCAUAUUUUCCAUAAGACAUGUGUGGACCCAUGGCUUUUAGAACACAGGACUUGCCCCAUGUGCAAGUGUGACAUUCUCAAAGCUCUGGGAAUUGAGGUGGAUGUUGAAGAUGGAUCAGUGUCUUUACAAGUUCCUGUUUCCAAUAAUGCAUCUAAUAUUGCUUCUCCCCACGAAGAGGACAAUCGCAGCGAGACCGCAUCAUCUGGCUAUGCUUCGGUCCAGGGAGCAGAUGAGCCGCCUCUGGAGGAACAUGUGCAGUCAGCAAAUGAAAAUCUACAGCUGGUAAACCAUGAAGCAAGUGCUGUGGCUGUGGAUGUUGUUCCUCAUGUUGACAACCCAACCUUUGAAGAAGAUGAAAGCCCCAAUCAAGAGACUGCUGUUCGCGAAAUUAAAUCAUAAAAUCUGUGUCAAUAGAAACUUGAACCGUUAGUAAUAACGGGACUGCCAAUCAGGACCUAGUUUACUAUUAAUGAACUGGGUAAACGUAAUAAAGACGAGUGAAAGUGCUGAGAUGACUAAUAUUAUACUAUAGUUAAGUGGCUUAGCAUAUUUAACCUAGCAACUUUUCCACAAACUCAUUAUAGUGUUUUUCAUAGUCAAGUUUCCUCUUGAUGAUAGUGAUAACAACAUUUUUAAACAUUCAGAACUGUCUACAAGUAGUCGGGUUUUUCAUGUAUAACAACUUUCUUAUAAAAAUAUGUUGCUUUCAAUAUGUGGAGUAGCUGUAAUCGCUUUUAUUUCGUAAUAGUAUCACAAUGAAACACUGCUACUACUUUCGCUUGGGCUAUUUGUGUCAGGGUUUGUCUCCGGGUGUUUGUAUUGAUCUGGAAUUGUAAAAAGCAUUGCAAACUUAGGCUAGUGCUUCAUGAAAUGUCGAUUUAAAAUACAUUACGUUGAUAGAACAAGAUUAAAGCAAAAUGCUCAUUUUAACCUUUUCUUUUUUAAUUAAGCUGUGUAUGUAUUUCAUGUGAGUGUGAGCAUAGUUUGUCAGAAAAUAUGAACUGAAUUGGUUGAUCGGUAUAUCAGUGACACCACACAAGAUUAUAGACACAAAAGAGUUUCUUACAAAACUAUUGUAAACUAUUUCUCAAACUUGAAAUAUUCAAAAGCACAGAAUAGAAACUACUCUAAGAUGUGAAAAUAGUAAUAGUAGAAUAAAUCAGAGAAAAUUGGUAACAGACUACUCUGCAGAAUUAAUCUACAGAAAAUGUUCUGUAAGAUUUGUCUGUAGAAAGUAUUUUCCAAACACUGUUGACAUUGAAAAUUAAGUUUACAUUUGACCUAACAGGCUCUAAUUAUAUUAAAUUUAAAUCCUGUCCAUAUAUCUAUAGUUUUGUGAAUGCAUUUUGUUGGUGUUUGAAAAAGAAUCAAGGGAAGGGGGGAUUUCCAGGUGCCUUAAUAUAAAGUUUGAAGCUUCAACCACCAAAGUUAAAUAGAGCUAUUUAAAAAUUCACUUUAUUUCUAUUUCGUGUGGCUUGCCCAUUAGUUUUGUUCCCAGUGAGUUCAGAUUCCAGCAGAAUUUAGACAGAGAUAGAACAGACAUGGAUUUUUGUUUGCUGACUAUAUGAUGGAUGAAACCAUUGCAUUCUUGUACACUGAUUUGAAAAUGCUGUAAAUAUGCUUCGAUUUGUACUGAUUCUCUUUAAAUAUGAAAUGUAAAUAAAACAUUCCCAUGAAAGAGUGCAUCUGAUGUUCCCUUUAGCUGUUAUAUACUCACUUUUGUGUAUAAUACACUUAGUUUUGAGAGGAAAGAAUUGUUGGAUGUAAACGGUCAUUGAUAUAUUUGAUCAGUACAGACUAAAUCUCUAGUGUGAUCUUUACGUGUGACCUCAUGCAAAAAGGGAAGAGAUGCCAUUAUGCUCUGAAAAAACUGUGAAGUAGUUUUAGAUGUCAACAAAGUAAAUAAUAAAGCUUAUCAGUAAUAAAAUACAAGGUUAAAUUAUCUUGAUGUUAACCUGUAUUUGUGCCAUUUAUGACAUGAGGAUUAUUUCAGUAUUUUAAAGCUUUCUUUCAUUUUUUUUUCUUUAGACUGUAUGACUGAUAGGAUGUUGUUAAUGAAUCAGAAUAUAUCUUAUCUUUUGUAAAGCAUUUUAAGAAUCCACAGAUACUUGGAUCACUUCAGGACCAUGGUUAUCAAAAUCAGUGUACACAUUUUAUGUGACAACAUGCCUGCAAUAUGAGUAUUCUCUAUAGUUUUAAAGGGUUUAAGUUUUGUGGGGAUCAUUUUGAUUUGUUCCAUCUCAGGAUUAAAACAACCCAUAUCAGAUAGGGUCAUUUCAGGUUCCCAAUCCUCAGCUACCCAAGGAACUAACUGGGACUGAGCUCCCAAGGUCCCAAUGAGGAGCAGAAGGAGGGAGAACAUGAGCAAAGAAGUCGGGACCACGA